AUGGCCACUCCCACCCAACCGCAGCCAUAUGGCACCGGCAGCUAUCCCACGCCCGCCUCCCAGAGCGGUGCUCCUGCCGCGCCCCCUUCCACCUUCCCGUCGGGCAGAGAGGGCUCCAUCUCCACCUCCGCUCCCUAUCUGCCCCAGCAGCAGCAGCAACAGCAGCAGCAGCAGCAGCAGCAGCAGCAGCAGCCCGCCGCGCCCCAGUUCGAGAAGUACUGCAUCAUCCACAUCGCGACAACGUGUGACGAGCAUGGCGUCUACGUGACCAAGGACAGUGCCGAAGUCAUUGAGAUCGGCUGGGUCGUGGUCGAUGCCCAGAACCCCGAACGAGAGGUACGUCAGUUUCAGCCGCCGACUGCUGGGUGCAAUCGCUGCCGCCGUGUCUGUGAAACGAAACACUCGCGAGAAUAGUCCCAGCUCGGACCAGCAUGCUAAUGAAACGACAUUACAGUUGCACCGCCAGUCCGUGCUCGUUCGUCCCCUCAAUACCCCCAUUACCCCCCUAUGCACCUCUCUCACCACCCUGACCUGGGAGCAUGUCAAGAACGCUGGUUCCUUCCGCGACGCCAUCACUACCUUUGACAACUACGCCGCCGAGCAUCUGGUCCCCAAGGACGGUGCUGGCGCCCAGCCCACGUUUGCCUUUGUGACCCUCACCCCCUGGGAUUUGCGCGUCCAACUGCCACGUGAAGCGCGUGACAAGAACGUGGUCCUCCCUCCAUACCUUCAACACCCCGUCCUGUUUGGCCUCCGCGGAGAGUACCAGACCUUCCAGUCCCACCAUCCCGAGACUCUGGCCUUUAGCUCAUCAACCCUGUCGUCCAUCUGCGCUGGUCUGGAAGUCGAAGAGGUUCGCUCAUCUGGCAAAGUCACUGGCGGUCUUCCCUUCCACCUCCAAGCAUUGGCUCCCUCCUCUCCCCGCCGUGCCCUAGAGGAGUCUCUUACUCUGACUCGCUGCUUGAUCUCGCUCAUCAAAAAAUCACGCCCUUCGCAGGCCAAUCCGCCGGGUACCCCGGACGUCCUCGCUCGCCCAUUGGACGCCCGUAGUGACGUUCGUGCUUUCCUGGGAGAGCGGAGUAAGGUUCUCCACCUCAGCGGCCUGCCUCACGACACCACUCAGAGUGAACUGGAGAGCUGGUUCACCCAGUACGGCGGCCGUCCCAUCGCAUUCUGGACCCUGCGUACACCGGAAGGUGGAAAGCCGAGCGGAAGCGGCUUCGUCGUUUUUGGCAGUCACGAAGAGGUGAGUGCACUCCCCUUGAUAUGCAGCUUUUCCUCACCCGCAAUCCCACAUUUUCAUAAUUCGCACUCGCGACGCGACCGAGUCGCUUGUGAAAGCUGAGGCCUGAGCAUCUGACGUCAGAUGAUCAACUGAUCCACUGCCGGCUCAAUUUCACCUAGAGCGGCGUAAAUUUGAGAUCUCCUCAGCUUUCACACUAAUUAAACAACCAUCAACACCACAUCGGCGUUUUGCUCUCGUCGCAUCCCACGCCACACCAUCAACCAUCCCCCACACCCUCCAUCACCAACACACCAUUCGCUUCGCACCAUCAUGGCUUACAGCCGUGGUCGUCGCGAAGAUUAUGGCACGCCGAGAUACAGUGCUAACAGGUAUCCAUUCCAGGCUGCUGAAUCGCUCAGCAUGAACGGCCGCGCUCUGAACGACAGAGCAAUUGAGGUCGCCCCAUCGUCAAGUCGUGUUCUGGACAGAGCGGCGCACUCGCAACCCCCUGGUGGUCCACCUCUCCUCACGCCAUUCCCGCCGUCAAAGAAUCGCCCACGUCCGGGUGAUUGGACCUGCCCCAGCUGCGGAUUCUCCAACUUCCAGCGCAGGACGGCAUGCUUCCGCUGCUCGUUCCCCGCCAUGGGUGCGUCUGGUCCCGAUCCCUACAGCCAGCCUUACGGAAUGCAGCCAGGUCCCUACGGAGGUGCAGGCUACGGCCAUCCGGGCAUGAUGGGCGGACACAUGCACGGCGGAGGCUAUGGCGGUAUGGGCGGUGGUAUGGGCGGAUCCAGCGGCCGUGGAGGCAUCGUACCAUUCCGUGCAGGUGAUUGGAAAUGCGGAAAUGAAGGCUGCGGGUACCAUAACUUUGCCAAGAAUGUUUCUUGCUUGCGAUGCGGAGCGUCACGAAACAACGCCGCCGUCGUUGCCGAAAGCGGCAUGACAAGCUUCCCUGGAAACCAGUACGGCGGACCACCCAACAUGCCUCCCAUGCAAUCAAUGGAUUCCGGGUCUUACGGGGGUAUGCAGCAACCCAGCUCGGCAUAUGGUGGUAGCGGCAUGGCUGGGCCACCAGGUGGAUUCAGCGGACAAUCCUUCGGACCACCAUCAUCGUACGCACUUCCCUCUGGCAUUGCCGCACCAAGCCCAUACAUGGCCGGAGGAUACUCUCAGAUGGCAAGCAACGGUGGCAUGCAGUCUCAGGGUGGUGGAUUCGACAGCCGCACGGAGCAGGCGUUCAACCAGGGCAACCCGUCCGCGCAAGCUGGCGCCGGGCCAUACUCGAACGGCACUUACGGUCAACCAGCCGGUUACGGCAACGACGGCGCUGGCGAUCCCUUCUCGUUCCUGUCUAGCGGCAUGGGUCAACUUGGCAUCAACGAGGGUGACAACCGCCGCAAUGGUCAGGCGGGCGCCAAGAGCCCGCAGUAG